UGAGAGAGAGAGAGAGAGAGAGGGGGGCGCUAUUGAGUUGACAUACUCUGCUGAUGGGUCAGUGUUACGGUAAGACGAUCCCCACCGGAGACAACGAUGACUACGCCGCCACCACCAUCACCACCACCGCUCACUCCGACGGGGAUGAUCGCUCAUCUGAGAUUCCGCCCUCUAACGUGAAGAACACCCCGUCGAGAUCCUCUGCCGCAAACAGCCCUUGGCCCAGUCCGUAUCCCUUUGGUGGCGGGGGUGGAACCCCGGGUGGGGUUUCUCCUUCCCCGGCGAGGUCGACGCCUAGGAGAUUUUUUAAGAAACCAUUUCCUCCGCCGUCGCCGGCGAAGCAUAUUAGGGCGUCUCUGAGAAAGUUGGGGCAAAGGAAGAAAACGCCUCGAGAGGGUCCCAUUCCGGAGGAUGCAGUGGAGGAAGAGGCGGAACAGCAGCAGCAUCAUCAUCACGCGCUUGAUAAGAAUUUUGGGUAUAACAAGAACUUCGGAGCUAAGUACGAGCUUGGGAAAGAGGUGGGUAGAGGGCAUUUUGGUCAUACUUGCUAUGCUAAAGGCCGAAAGGGGGAGCUUAAGGACAUGCCUCUUGCCGUCAAAAUCAUCUCCAAAGCUAAGAUGUCUACCGCGAUAGCUAUUGAAGAUGUUCGCAGAGAAGUGAAAAUUUUGAAAGCUCUUGCGGGCCAUAAGCAUCUUGUUAGAUUUUAUGAUGCUUGUGAGGAUGCCAAUAACGCGUACAUAAUAAUGGAAUUAUGUGAAGGUGGGGAACUGCUGGACAAAAUAUUGUCAAAAGGUGGUAGAUACAUGGAAGAUGAAGCAAAACUUAUUGUUGUUCAAAUUCUUAGUGUUGUUUCAUUUUGUCAUCUUCAAGGUGUUGUCCACCGCGACUUAAAACCUGAGAAUUUUCUAUUCACCUCUAGAAGUGAAGAUGCUGAUAUGAAGCUUAUUGAUUUUGGUCUUUCUGACUUCAUCAGACCAGAUGAAAGACUAAAUGAUAUUGUUGGAAGUGCAUAUUACGUAGCACCAGAAGUUCUGCACAGGUCUUACAGUGUGGAGGCUGAUAUUUGGAGUAUUGGUGUUAUUACAUAUAUUUUGCUAUGUGGAAGCAGACCAUUCUGGGCAAGGACAGAGUCGGGAAUAUUCCGUGCAGUUUUGAGAGCUGACCCCAACUUUGAGGACAUGCCUUGGCCAUCUGUCUCACCGCAUGCCAAAGACUUUGUUAAACGACUUCUAAACAAGGACUAUCGGAAAAGAAUGACUGCUGCUCAAGCUUUGACACAUCCAUGGUUGCGGAGUGAGAGUCAUCCUAUUCCAUUAGACAUACUGGUCUAUAAGUUGGUUAAGUCGUAUCUACAUGCUACCCCUUUCAAACGCGCAGCACUAAAGGCUCUUUCAAAAGCUGUGAGUGAGGAUGAAUUGGUUUAUCUUAGAGCUCAAUUCAUGCUUCUGGAACCUAGCGAGGAUGGACGAGUCUCUCUCGAGCACUUCAGAAAGGCCCUUGCGAGGAAUGCUACUGAUGCUAUGAAGGUGUCUAGGGUCCCCGAUAUUCUACAUGCGAUGGCACCAUUAUCUUAUAGAAAAAUGGACUUUGAAGAGUUCUGCGCAGCUGCAAUUAGCACUUAUCAAUGGGAGGCUCAUGAAAAUUGGGAGCAAAUUGCAUCCACAGCUUUUGUCCAUUUUGAGCAAGAGGGUAACCGAGUAAUAUCGGUUGAGGAAUUGGCUCGGGAGUUGAAUGUGGGGACAACUGCUCAUUCUAUGCUCAGAGAUUGGUUGAGGACCAAUGGCAAACUCAGUUUACUGGGCUAUACCAAAUUCUUACAUGGUUUGACGCUUCGGAGCUCAAACAUGAGACAGAACUAGCCCUUCUUUUUUUUUAAAAACAAAAAUUAAUUCAGAGCUAAAUAUGCAUUUGAUGGAUGAGUCGGUGAUAGAGAUUUAAAAAUUGAUAUACAUUUUGGAGGAACCUUUUCCCUAUAGAGAGAGAAAGAGAGAGAGAGAGGAUUGAGGGAAAGAAAAUUGAUGUACAAAUGUAGUAUUAUUCUGAGUCGACUCAAACAUUGUUACAUAUAUAUCCACCGGUUUUGUUGUUUCACAUUCAACGUCGUCUGAUUGAAAAUCUAUAGAUAAAUAUAUGUCAUGAA